AUGUCGAGUCAGUCUGGAUUUUCAAACUCUGUUCCUCUACCGGGAUAUCCAUUCUACCAGGUGUCAUGCAGCCAUAAUCAGCAGACCACGUCAUUUAGACAUCCUGUGACAGGACAGGUUUCUCCAGAAAAUAUUGAAUUUAUUUUACGAGAAGAACAGAAUUCAUCUAUGUCCAAGCAACAAAUAAACCAAAGACCUUCAAGCAUGGUCAGUGAAACGUCCACUGCAGUAACUACGUCUGCUGUUGAUACAAAACCUGGCUCUAAGGUUGUCAAGGCCGGAAACAAAGUUCAUAGCUUUGGAAAGAGGGAACAAGCUAUCAGGAGGAAUCCCAAUGUUCCUGUUAUAGUAAGAGGCUGGCUACACAAACAGGAUAGCUCUGGAAUGCGUUUAUGGAAAAGACGAUGGUUUGUGCUUGCUGAUUAUUGUUUGUUUUACUACAAAGACAGCAGAGAAGAAUCUGUUUUGGGUAGCAUACCAUUGCCUAGUUAUGUAAUAUCUCCAGUUGGACCAGAAGAUCGCAUAAAUCGCAAGUUUUCUUUUAAGGCUGUUCAUACAGGUAUGCGGGCAUAUAUUUAUAAUAAGAAUUCUGUUAUUGGCUCUCAGGCAGAGCAUUCAGGGAUGCGGACAUACUACUUCAGUGCAGAUACGCAAGAGGAUAUGAAUGGCUGGAUUCGGGCUAUGAAUCAAGCUGCUCUUAUGCAAACACGCUCUUCACUGAAGAGAGAAACUGAAAAAGUGGAUCAGCAAGCUGUUCCCCAAGUCAAUCAUGUGGAUGCCUGUAAAGAGUGUGUGAAGGCAGAAAUUACAGAUACAAAAGAAAGUUAUCAAAAAUCAGCUGAAAUGCUUGGAUAUGAUAAACGUGAAGAGAUAAGAAGAGAAAAAGAGGAUGAGGAGCGUUAUAUCCUCAGAAAAGAAACUCUGGAAACUAAGAAGGGAAAAGCUAAGCAUGCGUUAACAGAAGCUGAUUCAUUAUUUCCAGACUUAACAAACGCAUCGCGGUCCCAAGUAGCUCAGCCUCAGCCAGCUGAGAAGAAUGGAACGCUUCCUAGUUCAUUAAGUAUGAGUGCUGGCCUAGUGGAGCAGAAUGGUACCGGCUCAUAUAAAAGAGGGUUUGUUCCUAGAACAAAUCCAGAUAAACAGAUUCAAAGAAAAAGUAACAUGGCUCAAGUGGAGCACUGGGUAAAAGUCCAAAAAGGAGACACAAAAAGCCUCACUUCUGAUCAGACUCUUACACGUCAGGGUCCCAAUCCACCUUUUCCUGAAAACUAUCACACUUUGCCAAAGAAUACCAGGCAGCCUUCAGGGAGCUCACCACCACCACCAAACCGCAAUUUGCCGAGUGACUACAAAUAUGCACAAGACCGUGUUAGCCACUUGAAGAUGUCCCAGGAGGAAAGGAAAGCGAAUAAGGAUGGAACUGUUUGGCAGCUAUAUGAGUGGCAGCAGAGACAGCAAUUUAAACAUGGCAGCCCUACUGCCCCACUUUAUGUAAGUUCUUCAGACUUUAUUGAUCGUGGUAAGUCAAAAAGUUCAUUAGAUGUUCCACGAUCAAUAUCUGUUCCACCCUCUCCAUCUGAUAUUCCUCCUCCUGGACCUCCAAAAAACUUUCCCCCAAGGAGACCACAUACUCCUGCAGAAAGGCUUACAGUUAAACCAUCUGAUGAGAGACAGACUGUAGACGUUCCUUUUGCUGGAUCACCCAGGAAGAUAAGAAAUCACGCUGUAAAGAGCUCAACUCACAUUGAUCGACGCUCUAUGCCUGCUAUGGGCUACAUGACACAUACUGUGAGCGCACCCAGUUUGCAUGGCAAGUCGGCGGAUGACACUUAUAUCCAGCUGAAAAAGGAUUUGGAGUAUUUGGAUCUAAAGGUGACGGGGCGUGACACGUUAAAAGAACGCAGUACAAAACCUGUCAAGAUUGCAGAAAGUGAUAUUGAUGUGAAGCUAAGCAUUUUCUGUGAGCAGGACAGAAUUCUGCAGGACUUGGAGGACAAAAUAAGAGCUCUUAAGGAAAAUAAAGAUCAGCUGGAGUCUGUUUUGGAGGUUUUACACAGGCAGAUGGAACAGUACAAAGACCAACCACAACACGCAGAAAAAAUUUCUUACCAGCAGAGACUUUUGCAAGAGGAUCUCAUACAUAUUCGGGCUGAAAUAUCCAAAGUUUCAACGGAGAUGGAAAAUGCCUGGAAUGAAUAUCUGAAAUUAGAAAAGGAUGUGAACCAGCUGAAAAAAGCCUUACAGGAACAGAUGAAUAGUUCAUUGGUAUCUCAGGAGAAAACACAAAUACAGAAAGACUUGUGGCGAAUUGAAGAUGUUACAGCUGGCUUGAGUGCAAAUAAAACAAACUACAAAACUAUAGUAGACUCUAUCAAGAAUCCAGAGAGAAAAAUAGUGCCUUCGUUUUCUCAAUCUUCAGUGCCUUCCUUACCAGCUUCCCUCGCAACUGCAGACAGCAAACUUUCAGUUCCACAAAGCCCUCCACCCAGUCCGGUUAAAUCCCCUCUGGAGGUUAGGCUGUACCCACAGCCUUAUUUCCAGACCAGAACGCAGCACCAAGCACAGCAACUGAAAAAAAUUGAGCCGCCUCUUCAGUCACCAGUUAAGCUAAAGCCAAAGGUUGAAGAUGAAGCACCACCCAGACCUCCUCUCCCUCAGUUGUACAGUCCUGAUGAUCAGCCACCAGCUGUUCCACCUCUCCCGAGAGAAGCCACUGUCAUCAGACACACAUCAGUACGGGGCCUGAAACGUCAGUCAGAUGAGAGAAAGAGAGACAGGGAACUUGGACAGUAUGUAAAUGGAGAUUAUAGAGUGGAACUGCGUUCAUACAUGAGUGAACCAGAACUAGCAACGAUAGGGGGUGACCUCAGCCAACCUUCCAGUGGUUUAAUAAGUUCUGACAGUGGAUACCAGACAUUACCUACCCGUGGUUUAUCUGGAUCAACUUCCAGAUUGCACCAAUCAUAUACCAUUUCAUCAUAUGCAACGCUUCGAAGGGAUAGGUCCAAGGAGAGACCAAAGAGUGCCUUGGAACGUUUAUACUCUGGAGACCACCAAAGAGGCAAGAUGAGUGCAGAGGAACAACUAGAAAGAAUGAAGCGACAUCAGAAGGCAUUAGUUCGUGAACGCAAGAGAACUCUUAGCCAAGGAGAAAGGCAGUCUGUUUCAUCUCGGUCUUUCAUCAGGCCCAUUUCUGCAGACGUAGGCUCAGUAUGUUAGAUAUGCCUUAAAAGGACUAAACUAAAAAUAUCUCUGGAUUUUUUUUCCUAGCAAGCACUUUCACUUGAGUAUAUGUGACACUUCUAGUUUAAUUAAAUGAGUGUUAUACAGUAUAAAAUGAGAUCAGAGAGUGUGAGUAACAGAUGAUGGGUUUUUUACUAGUAGUUACAGUAUUUGUUGCAAGUUCAGCCAGCAGGUAAGUUGGUCAGAGGUUAGUGUGCUGAGUGGAGGUGUGAGUAUAUUGGAGUGAUGCCAGAGACAUGGUUGUUUUUUAUUGGAAUUGUAUUUAGAAAGUGUAAGAAACUUGUACAGUUUUAAAACUGCUUCAUAAUGGAAUGGGCCUUUUAGAAUGUUCUUAUUCACCAUGGGUAUUUUUGUUUUUAAUCCACAAAUUAGGCUGCAAGGUGGUUGUGGUAAUAUCAGUCCAGGGUGAUUUUUUUUUUUAAUUUUUUUUUAAGAGAUGACACAUGGAUAAUCAGCUUGAAAAUAUAUUC